AUGCGACUGCUCGAGAUACAACAUGAUGGCACCAUCGCGCUCACAGAAGACCUAAAGAGCGCUAGCAACGUGCCCGCCUACGCUAUACUCUCGCACACCUGGCUGUCUGAUCAGGAAGUCACAUUCGACGAGUUUACUAGAGGUCUUGGACGUGACAAGGCUGGCUUCGACAAGAUCCGCUUCUGCGCACAACAGGCUCAGCAGGAUGGCCUGCGGUACUUCUGGGUGGAUACAUGCUGCAUCAAUAAGGCAGAUCCUAUCGAGCUUCAGCAUGCGAUCAACUCCAUGUUUCGCUGGUACCAGGAAGCGACUCGAUGCUAUGUUCUUCUAACAGAUGUACUUGGCGUUGAGCCAGCGACUGAGCAUGUACCCAGCAUACCUGCAUGGGAAGAAGAGUUCAGGCGAAGCCGUUGGUUUACCCGAGGUUGGACGCUCCAAGAGCUGCUUGCUCCGCGCGUUGCAAGCUUCUACUCUAGAGACUGGACGCACCUAGGCGACCGAGACAACCUAAAACAACUCAUCUACGAGAUCACAAACAUCCCCUGCCUAGCCCUUACAGGAGCGCCGCUAGAUACAUUCAGCGUAGAGGAGCGUCUAUCUUGGUCUAACCAGCGUCAGACUACGCGUGAAGAAGACAGGGCAUACUCGUUGCUGGGUAUCUUUGGCGUCUUCACGUUCCUCAACUAUGGCGAAGGUGAGGCCAAUGCUUUCAAAAGGCUACGAAAAGCGAUUGCAGAAGACUCGCAGGAAUCGUCCCAGCCACAAGCGUCAGCGGGGAGCCUUGGAGGGAGUAUCGCCACCUAUACACCUGCUGUCCAAAAACCCUCCUACUACAUACCAUUCUCCAAGAAUCGAUAUUUCGUCGGAAGGAGAGAAGAGCUCGAGAUCCUUAAUCAGACGCUGCUCGAGGACACAGGUUGCCAAAAGAUGUCGAUUGUGGGACUCGGUGGGACUGGGAAGACUCAGCUAGCCUUGCGGUUCGUAUACACAGUCAAAGAGACCAUGCCAGCCGUCUCAAUUUUCUGGAUGCCUGCACUCAGCAUGGAGAGUUACGAGCAAGCCUGUGUGGCUGUUGCCGCUGCUUUGCACAUCAGCCAAGCGGAGACGAGUAAAGAGGACGUAAAAGAGCUAGUGAAGGAGCAUCUAAGUGCAGAUCAGGCAGGACCGUGGCUACUUGUGCUCGACAAUGCAGAUGAUUACGACAUCUUGUAUGGCACCGAGCAUGCUGCGGGCAUCAUCGACUACCUACCAGAGAGCGCGAAGGGCAUGACCGUGUUCACUACACGGGUGCAGGAGAUAGCCGUGUUGUUAACGCGAGCUGACGUUCUAGAACUGGGAUCUAUGAGCAGACUAGAUGCCAUGAACUUCUUGGAGAAGUCUUUGAUCAGAAAGAACCCCACUGAGGAAUGCGAAGAGCUAUUAGACGAGUUGGCGUACCUCCCUUUGGCCAUCUCCCAGGCUGCCGCGUACCUGAACAUGAACAGAACAACUAUUACAAGGUAUCUGCGACUGCUGAGAUAUACAGAGCAAGACACCAUUAGUCUGAUGAGCAAAGAGUUCCGGGACCAAACACGCUACAAGGGCUCGGCGAAUGCAGUGGCCUCGACGUGGGUAGUAUCGUUUAGUCAGCUCCAAGAGCGCGAUGCAGUGGCAGCAGAUCUGCUGGCAUUCAUGUCGUGCAUCGAGUGGAAGGCAAUACCUCAGUCGCUGUUGCCGAAGGUGCAGUCGCAGGAACGAUUAGAAGAGGCUAUUGGUACGCUCUGCGGGUACUCGUUUGUGUCAAGAUGGGGAGGCGACAACACUCGUGAGCUCAAUGGAGGCGAAGAAUGGUACGACUUACAUCGACUUGUGCAUCUGGCUACCAAAGUUUGGGUAGACAAGUGUAGUAGUGCUGCAGAUGUGAGCCAACAAGCUAUGGCGCAUGUUGCCGAGGUCUUCCCCGCCGACGACUUUGGCAAUGAGGCCGUAUGGAGAGCAUAUAUGCCUCACGCACUCAGACUACUUGAUUCAAAAUCAUCUCUUGAUGCUCAAAGCAGAGCUAGGCUAAGUUAUUGGGUGGGAAAAUGCCUACUCUUCGACGGCAGAGCUGCAGAAUCAGUGAGAUGGCUGGAGGAGUGUUCGCGGUGUAGAGAAGUGCUAGAUGAAGAUGAUACAUAUCGACUGGCAGCGCAGCAUCACCUUGCUAUUUCCUACCGGAACAAUGGACAGAUCGAGGAUUCUGUGAGGCUGCUAGAGCACGUAGUCAAGAUACAAGACACCACGCUCAUAGAGACUCAUCCUCAUCGGUUAGCAGCGCAGCAUGCGCUUAGCAUUUCCUACUACACGAAUGGUCAGCUCGAAGACUGUAUAAGACUACAAGAGUAUUUGGUCGAGGUAAAAGCCGCUACGCUUGCAGAAACUGAAGAAAGUCGGCUAGCGUCGCAGCAUGCGCUUAGUGUUUCCUACUAUACGAAUGGACAGGUCGAGGAUGCGGUAAGACUACUAGAGCACGUAGUCAAGAUACAAAACACGACACUCGCAGAAACUCACCCCGAUCGGCUAUUGUCAGAGGACUGGUUACGCUUUAUGACUUCUGAUCAAGAAUGA